CUUGAUAUUUCCACACAGCAUGAUUUCAUUAUGCUCAGAGACGAUCUGGCUUUCUAAUCGGUCACUAUUGCAUUUUUUAAUUCUCUUUUUUCAAGAAUGUUAGGUUUUAUUUUCGCUCAUGUUCUCUUGUUUCUUAUCACACCUUCUAUAACUGCACAUGGGGGUAUUGUUUAUAUCCACAGAGUAAGAAAUUCAUCCAUUGACAUUUCCUGCGAAUCGGCAAAAAAAGAAGAAAAACCAUUUGCCUUUUCGCUGAAACGCAGGUUGCUGCAGUCCAGACGAGUGUUGUAUCUUUCUAAAGGAUUCGCACCGUUCAUCAAUAAAUCUGAGGAGAAGGACCGUAUAACUGUACGUGAUGAGCUGGACAACCACACAGUUCAUCUGACAAUCUCAACCCUGCAAGGACAGGACACGGACGUCUACCACUGUGAAUUCCACUAUGGAGAUCUUCCAUAUGAUCAGAAUGUUCCCGGCAAGAUGGAGUUCUUCAUCUAUGUUGAAGACUCCUCUCAUGAACCUUGUAACUGUUUGAGUUACCUGCCGUUGCUGUAUGUGAUCUCUGGAGCUGCAUGUCUGCUGGGUGUUCUGGUUUUCUCUCUCGCUACAGCCUAUUAUUGUAAAUGGCUCAACCGUAGAAAGCCACAGCCUGUAGUUCCUGUUUAUGAGGAGAUGGCUGGGGUGCUGCCCACCAAAGGAAAAGCCACAAGCUGUCACACUGAUAUUACAAAACUGGAUGAAGCAAACAGCUCUGUGGCCCAUUUGAUAAACAAAGAAAACUUUUACGUCAAUUAAUUUAACUGAAUGUGUUGAAUGAAAAGUGUCUCUACGAAGUGCUGAUCAUGAUGAUGCUCCAGCUCACCAACCAAAGGUCGUUUGUUAGCGUAACAUCUGUCUUUUCAUCUGUCAUCUGUAUACCUUCACGUUAAUGGUACUGAUGCUACAAAUACUGUCAGCAUUUCUGAUAUCUGAAUGCUCUUUUUGUCUGCGGCACAACGUAGCUCUGAUAAAACAUGUCGCGAUACAUUGGCAAACAGUGGUUUUCCCACUUUCUCAAAAAAGGGAUCGCGACUUCGCAAAAAUGCAUUGUUGAAGGAACUGUUUAUUUAAAUGUUGGAGAAGGACUGUCAAAGGAAAACAGAAAUCCAUUCGACAGACUUUUGUAUCAUUUGUCAAAUGUUGAAGCAUGCAAAGAAAUCAUACAAGACUUGAGUGACUGCACGGCUUUGCAUUUAAACAAGCAGACAUGACUUCCUGUCUCGUCACAAACUUGCUCGAUUUUUGGAUUGCAAAUCAGACAUUUCGAGACGAGCGAAAGCAAAGUGUUGCAUUCGAUGGCUUUAAAUAUGAAUGCUAUGUUUUUAUUCACUUUGUAACAAAUAAAUAUUUUCUCUCAUUUACAUA